AUGGCAUCUUUCAUGAUACCAUUCAAAGCCCUGUUCUUCCUCAUAGUCGUCCUGCAUCAGUCUCCCUCCGUUUUUGCUUCUUCAUCCUCCAUUGCUGAAAAUGAAACAGAAACUCUUCUAAAAUGGAAAGCUAGCCUUGCCAACAACACCCAAACUUUGCUCUCUUCUUUGUGGGUAGGAGGCAGCCAUUGUAACUGGGUCGGAAUCACUUGCGACAUGGCUGGAACCAUCACCAAUCUAAACCUUCCAGAUUAUAUGUUGAACUUGAAAGGUACACUUCAUAGUCUUAACUUUUUUUUCUUCCCUAACCUGGUGUUGCUUAACCUUCGUAACAACUCACUGUAUGGUCCCAUUCCCUCACACAUUGGGAAGCUUUCCAAGCUCACCCACCUUGACUUGUCAUACAAUACUUUUUCUGGUAAUAUUCCAUCCGAAAUUUCCUUAUUGAAAAGUCUUGAGUUAAUUUCCUUAUCAAAUAAUGAGAUCAAUGGUUUCAUUCCACAAGAAAUAGGGAGCUUGAGUUCAGUUUCCUACAUCUAUUUCUAUGAUAACCAUCUACGUGGUUCUAUACCUGAAGAGGUUUGCAACCUUUCCAAGCUCAUUCAGCUUGACUUGUCACUGAAUAAUUUCUCUGGAAGUAUUCCUUCUAAAAUCGGAAGGUUGAGUUCACUUUCUCUACUUAACCUUACUGCAAACAAUCUCACCGGUCCAAUACCUACUUCAAUUGGAGGCUUGCACAGUUUGUCCCGACUUGUCCUCCGUGACAAUAGGCUCCAUGGUUCCAUACCUGAAGAAGUUGGAACGAUGAAGUUACUUAAUACACUUGAUCUUUCAAACAACCAACUCACUGGUGCUAUCCCAACAUCUCUGGGAAACCUAAAUGACUUGGAAGCCUCCAAAUCCACCUUCAGUGAAAGAUAUCUAGCAAAUAUUUUAUAUCUUAAUUUUCCUUUUCAUAAAAGUUCCAAACUUUUAUUUCAUCUCAAUAUGAGAGUCUUGUUUGGCACUAGUUCCUCACCUAAUCGGCGAGGACUGUGA